GCGACUUGGGGGCGGGGAUGGUGCAGGCGCCUCAAGUCCAGCUCCAGACACCUCAGGACGAGGAAGAGGAGGAACAUGGGCGCUCGCAGAAUGGAAACAGACUAUAACCCCGUGGAGCUGAGCAGUAUGUCUGGGUUUGAAGAGGGCUCCGAACUCAAUGGGUUUGAAGGAACUGAUAUGAAGGACAUGCGGUUGGAGGCUGAAGCAGUUGUAAAUGAUGUUCUCUUCGCUGUCAACAGUAUGGUUGUCUCAAAAAGCCUGCGCUGUGCGGAUGACGUGGCGUACAUCAACGUGGAGACAAAGGAGAGGAACAGAUACUGCCUGGAGCUCACAGAAGCAGGGCUCAGGGUGGUGGGCUAUGCUUUUGACCAGGUGGAGGACCAUUUGCAGACUCCUUACCAUGAGACAGUCUAUUCCUUGUUGGAUACGCUCAGCCCUGCCUACCGGGAAGCAUUCGGAAAUGCACUCCUUCAGAGACUGGAAGCUUUGAAAAGGGAUGGGCAGUCAUGACUCAUUUUCCUCAUCGUGGGGCUACUGCUGGUAUAGAGCGCUAACAUAAGAUUUGACAUCCUUGCAUAUAACCAUUGUAGAAAGUGCAUCGUUGGCUUUAUGUGUUUAUCAUUCCUUCACAUGUAGGCUUUUGACUCAACAUAACUGACGCACAAAUUGUCUCCGUUCCAGAUUCAUUUAAGGGAUUUUCAAGGCCAUUGCUCUAACACUGUCAUUGCGUUCUGAUUUCUUCACACAGCCUCUCUACAUUUCAAUACCUAAUCAGCAUUUCAUUCUCUUACUACAGGGCUUCAAUGCUGCCAGCACUCUUUUACAUAGAAAAUUCUAGAUUUGCACAGUGAUAUAGAAAUUAGAAUCAUCUGACUUCAGACCUGCUAAAUCAGGGGUUUACUACUAGCUUGGACUGACUUAGUAGUGGUUAUUUUGUUACUGGCCUUACUAGAAACAAACUGACAACUAGCUUCCCCUGCACAAAUUCGGGAUUUACUGUUCUACUUAAUCUAAAGAUUACCAGAUGGACUGAUGAAGAUGAAUUGCUUCUGUGUUACUCAACGAGGAUGAAAUGAAAGGCAGGGACAGAAAUAGUUCUCUAUUCCUUGUUUGCAACAGCCAGCCAACCUAGAGAGGACAGACCGUUAGCAAAUGAAUGUAACAAUUACUCAUUUCCAAGCUAUCUAAGCACAUGAGCAAAGAGAGGAACAGGCCCCACUGCAUCCUCAGCGUGUAUAAUUUCAAAGGAAGGAGAUCCUCGCUUCCUAGGAAACAAUAUUUUGGCCUGUGUUGAUUCUUAUUCCGAAUGUUUGUUUACAAUGUACAGUAUAUAUAUAUUCAGAAAGUAUUUUUGCUUCAACACUUACUUUCUAUAAAGUAGCGCUUUGGUAUUCCCGCAGCACCCCUCUUCCCUGCAGUCAGACAGUGUUCUGUCUCAUUGCCACGUGUACAGUGUAAUAUGAGUGCAUUGUAUGGUUUGAAACCAAAGGAUGAAUGAAGCAUUCAGAAACUUGAUAUUUAAAAAAGAGAUGCUCUGUAUUUUAUAUUUUAUUACAGUCCCUGGUGUUUAUAAACUUAAUAAAACACUUCAUGCUGCUGCAUGUUUUCCAGUACGUGACGAACAGAAAGGACCUGGGUGUUGUAUUUUAAUUGUCACCCAAAGCAGCCGCUGCAGAAAUGCAUAGCAGCCAUCUGCAUCUGGGCGCACUCUUCAUGCAUUUGUCACUGCAGAUGUUUUUGUCGUUAGUUUUCACAUGGGCAUUUUUAGCCUCUGAAUAUCAUGUGAGAGAAGGUGAGGCAGAGCACUUGGCUGUCGUGGGAAAGCACCGGGUUCAAUCCUGAGGAUUAAAACCAUUUGAACAACUCAAAAUGGCUGGGCGGUGGUAGCACACGCCUUUAAAUCCCAGCACUCGGGAGGCAGAGGCAGAGAGAUCUCUGUGAGUGCGAGGCCAGCCUGGUCUGCAGAGUGAGUUCCAGAACAGCCAAGGCUGUUACACAGAGAAACUCUGUCUUGAAAAAAAAAAGAACCUCAGAAUGAUUAUGUGGACCAGGACAAUAGCGUUCCUCUGUAUUGCUGACCCCGGCAGAGAUCACCGGGUGCUUGAGCCUGGCCUUGUGAGGCACUCAUGCUGGCAUGAUGAUUGGGCAAUGAAGCCCAACUUCAGGUUGAACUUUUUCAUGCUUAAUCUCAGGCUAACAGAAGAAAAUGAUGUUUGUAGAGUUUGAAUAAAAUUGUUUACUUGCUUUUGAGUUGCAUAUAAAGUGAUCAUGUGUUUAAAAAUUAAAAUUGUUCAUUUUGUGGUAAA